AUGAAUAAAAUCUUGAUUUUCAUUGCAGGAUUUCUUGCAAGCGACCAUCACGCUAAUGCAGUGUCCUAUGUAGAAGGGCAAGAAGCCAAAUUGAUAUUUCCAUAUCCAUGUGACAGUACAGAAAUCACAUUGCAGCAAUCAAACAGGCUCCCUUUUUAUAACUCUGCAGAUGGGGCAACACUGUCCUUGCCUGAAAAUCAGUGUCAUAGAUUCAGCAUUCAUUAUGAAUAUGAUAUCAAUGAUUGCUAUCUGAAACUUACAAUAAUCAAUGUGAAAAGGGUUGAUCAAGGGACAUUCAUUUUAUUUGUCUACGAGAAUCAGAGGCUAAUAGCUGAUGGCACGUACAAGAUUUGGCUCAACAUAGAUUAUCCUCCUAGUAUAGCGUUAUGUGUUGUGGGUGAAGAUAAAGGUGGUAAAUGGGUUUCUAUAGACUGUACAGCCAAGACAGGAACUCUACCAGGAAAGAUUGAAUGCUACCAAAAUAAUGAGUGGAUGCCUUCCCUGACAGACCCAAUUGAAAAUCACAUCACCCUAAAACAGACCAUUCUCAUCAGAAAAUCACAGCCAGCAUUUUGUUGUUCUUCUUUAUUGAAUGGAAAUAAAUCAAGAGAUGAAUGUGAUGAUACUGCACUGUUCCAACAUGAUGACAGAAGCAAUGAUUUAUCUGCUACCGUCUUCAUCCAAACAACUACUAAACAUCAAGAAAUUGUGGAGAUUACUAAUACUCCUGAAAGUCAAGCCACUGAAGAGAUUACAAAGAUUUUUAAAUCCAGACAGUAUCAUUUAUCAACAAACACGUUCUCCACCAAUGGCAUGAAAAAGAGCAAAGCUGACUUGAAAACUAUAAUAGAUGGUAUUAUAGUUUGGCAGCUGCUGUGGUCCUCAUUUUCAUAA